AUGGCGGAGCCAAUUUACGUCAACAUCAACGCCGAUGCGGACUCUAUUACCAAAGUCGAGAGCUUGUGCAUGAACUGUCACGAGAACGGAGAAACGAUGAUCAUGAUGACCAAGAUUCCGUUCUUUAAAGAAAUGAUCGUCAUGAGCUUUCGUUGCGAGAAGUGUGGCUACAGAAACAACGAGGUCCAAUCUGGCGGAAAAGUUGAACUCCACGGGGUUCGAGUCAUCGCCAUUGUCGACGGAACCCGAGAUCUGAACCGCCAAGUGGUCAAAAGUGAACAUUGCACGGUGAGAAUCCCGGAACUGGACUUUGAAAUCCCCAGCCAGACUCAAAAAGGCUCAAUGACGACAAUCGAGGGUUUGAUCAUGAAAGCGUCGGCUGAUUUGAAGAUGACGGCGGAAUUGAACAAGGAGCAGAACCCGGAAUGGGCGGCUCAAGUGUUGACUUUCUGCGAAGAGAAGUUGGAGAAGAUCACUGAUCGAAAAUUCAAUCUAGAGCUCAACGAUCCAUCCGGCUACUCAACCAUCGAAAACCUCCACCUGCCUUAUCCAGAUCCAAAGCUCGAAAUUCGCCACUACGGUCGAACAAAAGCGCAGGACCAAGCACUCGGAUUUUACACAGAGGAAGACAAGGCGGAUGUUUUCGGAACUGCGCCGAAUCCUGAUGAGUUGAAGGGACGAGGUGUAGAUUUGACUAACGAAGUCGUCGAAUUCAACGAACGGUGCAUCAGCUGCAAUGCAAAUGUCGUCUGUCGAAUGAAGCUCGUCCAGAUCCCCUUCUUCAAGGAAAUUACACUCAUGGCCGUUAACUGCGAAAACUGCGGCUAUAGAUCGAACGAAGUCAAAGCCGGCGGCGGCAUUUCCGACAAGGGUAAACGUCUCGAACUAAAAGUCAGAACUGCUGAAGAUCUCGCUCGUGACAUCCUUAAAUCCGAGACUGCAAGCAUCCAAAUUCCUGAACUCGAGUGGGACAUUGGCUACGGCUGCAUCAGCGGCAAGUUCACCACUGUCGAGGGACUGUUGACCGAUUUGAGACACGAUUUAAUCGAUAAAAACCCUUUUUCGUCGGGUGACUCGGCCAUUCAUGAAGGGCGAAAAGAGCGAUACGCCGCGUUUAGAGAGCGAAUCAAUGACAUCCUCGAAUUGAAAACUGAGUGCACCUUGAUUUUAGACGACCCGGCUGGAAAUAGUUACAUUCUUAGCUUGUGUGCUCCUGAGCCAGAUCCACAAUUGAUUGAAACAGAGUAUGAACGAACAUGGGAACAGAAUGAUGAUCUUGGAAUUAAUGACAUGAAAACUGAUAACUAUGAAAAUGAUGGCGCCGCAAGUCCACCAAAAAAGCUUAAAUUGGACGACGUUGCGGAAGAGAAGGAAACAGAUGAAGCUAUGGCCACGUGA